GCCGCGUGUUCGGACUAUUGCUACCGAGGCUUCAGUGAUGCGGGGACAAGGUGUGCCGUGACCGUGGGGAUGUUGAAGCCUUGAAGGGAUGAUUCCGUGAUAUUCCGCAUCGUUUACGAGGAGAAUUGAAAUGCAUUGAGGGAGAAAUCGGAGGACAUGGUUGACUUCAUAUUAGCAUAUCGGAAGCCGCACUGCUCAUCCACACCGAAAAAAAGCCAACCAAGCCGAGCCUCGAGCUUCCCGGAUUCAGUCAUAAGUUUGGCUCCUGCCCCUCCUCCAAUUCGAACGGAGAACCCAUUUGUUUCUACGACACAACCCGGCAAUCCGUUUUCUCAUUUAUACCUCAUUUGAUUCAACUUUCCUCUUAGUUGACUUGUUCUCGCACUCAGUGUCAACGCUGCUCGUCUAACACAGGUCGAGUUUCGUCAGCUACAGCUAGAAAUUUCUUCAACUCAAACCUCCAAAGCCCCACUAAGAUAUCGUCAACAUGGGUGUCAAAGACGUUCUCUCGAGAAAGGAGGGUGUAAUCGUUGGUGACGAUGUCCUGGCUCUGUUCAAAUACGCCCAGGAACACCAAUUCGCCAUUCCGGCUGUCAACGUAACCUCUUCCUCGACCGUUGUCGCUUCUUUGGAGGCUGCACGAGACGCCAAAGCUCCCAUCAUCCUCCAGACAUCUCAAGGAGGAGCUGCAUACUUCGCCGGCAAGGGUGUCAAGAAUGACAAGCAACAAGCCUCAAUUGCCGGCGCUGUUGCCGCAGCCCAGUACAUCCGAGCCGUCGCUCCCGCAUACGGUAUCCCUGUUGUCCUGCAUACCGACCACUGCGCGAAGAAACUCCUGCCUUGGCUCGAUGGUAUGCUCGACGCGGAUGAAGAAUACUUCAAGCAGCACGGCGAGCCUCUAUUCUCUUCGCACAUGAUCGAUUUGUCUGAGGAGGCCGUGGACUGGAACCUCGAGACAACUGCCAAGUACUUGAAGCGGGCGGCUCCAAUGAAGCAAUGGCUUGAGAUGGAAAUCGGAAUCACUGGUGGUGAGGAGGACGGUGUCAACAACGAGGAUGUUGACAACAACUCCCUCUACACUCAACCUGAGGAUAUUCACCAAAUCUACACCACAUUGAAGAAGAUUUCGCCUUACUUCUCGAUCGCCGCAGGAUUUGGAAACGUACAUGGUGUCUACAAGCCCGGCAACGUCCGUCUUCACCCCGAGCUGCUCGACAAGCACCAGAAGUAUGUCCAAGAAAAGGAGAACACCUCUACCGACAAGCCUGUGUUCCUCGUCUUCCACGGUGGCUCUGGAUCAAGCAAGAAGGAAUACACCGACGCCAUCAGCUACGGUAUCGUCAAGGUCAAUCUCGACACCGACUUGCAAUGGGCCUACCUGCUUGGUAUCCGGGACUACGUUAUCAACAAGCACGACUACAUCAAGACCCAAGUCGGCAACCCAGAUGGCGAGGACAAGCCGAACAAGAAGUACUACGACCCGCGUGUCUGGGUUCGUGAGGGUGAGAAGACAAUGACCGCACGUAUCACCGAAGCCUUGAAGGACUUCAACACUGCCAACCAGCUAUAA